AUGCCGAAUUGGAGAGACGAGUAUCUCUCAUCCCUCAAGGAUGCGGAGCUUCAGAACCCUGUGAACAUGGAGUUGGUCCAGACAUGUUCACAAAUGGCCGAUCGAAUAUCCGCGUUGGAGGCGGAAAAGGCAGCUUUGGAAUCACGUGCCUCAAACGCUAAUGUCGGUAAGCUGGCAUCAGGAUCAAAAGUUGGGGAUGCUUCAGCUACAGACGAUCCUGGCGUCGCUCAGCUUCGUCUUGACCUUGCCGAAUCUCUUCGGUCCAAGGGAGUGACGGAAAGUCGGCUACGGACGGCAGAGGAAGAGCUAGCCAAACUACGAACUAAGUUAAAGGAUGAUUCGCGGUCUAUCAGAGAUCUCACUACUGAGCGAGCCACCCUCACAACCAGGCUAAAGGAUCGGGAGCAUGAAAUACGAGAGAAACGAAAGUUGCUCGAGGUAUGGAGUUGCAGAACCAGCGACCCAACAAGCUGGCUUCCCAGGCUACACAGUAUUGACUCUCGUCGCAGCAAGUACAGGAUGAAAUGA